AUGAUGAACAUUCCUAAAACUCGCAGAACUUUCUGUAAAAAAUGUGGCAAGCAUCAACCCCACAAAGUGACACAGUAUAAGAAGGGCAAAGAUUCUCUGUAUGCCCAGGGAAAGUGGCAUUAUGACAGGAAGCAGAGUGGCUACGGUGGGCAGACUAAGCUGAUUUUCUGGAAAAAGGCUAAAACUACAAAGAAGAUUGUGCUGAGCCUUGAGUGUGUGGAGCCCAACUGCAGAUCUAAGAGAAUGCUGGCUAGUAAGAGAUGCGAGCAUUUUGAAUUGGGAGGAGAUAAGAAGAGAAAGGGCCAAGUGAUCCGGUUCUAAGCAUCUUUUGUUUUAUUAUGAAGACAAUAAAAUCUUGAGGUUAUGUUCACUUCUUUUGGUUGCGGUUGAUCUUUUGGAAGGAAAUAAACUAGAGUCAUCAAUAAAAUUUCCCUUGUGGGGAA